GGGCGUGAUCUUAAGGUGUGGUCUUUUACACUUGCUGCUCCGCCCAUAGAAAUUGUGAAAGUCGCAGGCCGGCUCGCAGAAUCACUAGUUUUUCAUGGGUUCUGAGCUACAGGUCAAGUAUCAGAAGCUAGCACAGGAAUAUGCUAAGUUAAGAGCUCAAGUUGACGUCCUCAAACAAGCUGUCAGAACUGAACAGAAUGCAAAGGCAUCGUUAGAGGUUGAGUUAAGAACAAAGGAUCAAGCUCUUAGAAAACAUACACAGGAAAAUGAAUCAUUGAGCUUUCGUAAUCAGCAGUUGUCAAAGCGUGUCUCAACGCUUCAAGAUGACUUGGAAUCAUCAGCAAAAGGAAAAAAGAAAAAGGAUCAUGGAGGAAUGCUAUUACCUGAUGUCCAAGGAGAAGAACUGGCAGCAAAAAUAGCUGAGAAUGAACAACUACACUCUAAAAUGUUUGAAAUGAAUCAGAAAUCUCAGAAACUGACGGCUCAACUUAAAGACAGAAUAGCAACACUAGAACAGGAAGUUGCUAAUAAUGAUGCACUGAUAUCUGAAAUAAAUAAAGAAAGUACAUUGAGAUAUGAGCAGGUGGAAGAAGAAAAGAUUGUCCUAAUGGCAAAGGUUGAGAAACUAACUGAAGAGCUAAAGCAAAGUAGAAUGAUGACUCCUACAGUAAGGACUGAUACCACACCUCAAUCUAUUAAAGGUGAUGAUGAUAAGGGAAUCUGGUCAUCUAAUACUGAUAAAGAUGUACUCAGUUUGAAUGUGUCCAAUAUUGGUAAAGGAGCUGAUUCUAAGCAGUCUGUGGUUCUCAAUGCAGUCAAGGGUCUUGUGAUGGAGUUUCUGGAUCAUUUGGCAUCUUUUUCAUCAUAUCUUCAGCAAAGAUGUGUAGCAUAUCCACUUGGCACUACAGGAAGGAAGGCACCUCAUGUAUCACCAGUUGAUGAUAAGUUUAGCGAAUCUGUUGAUUCUUUUAAAUCUCUUCUCGACUCUCUCACAGUCUCUGUCCAACAAUACUACGUAUCAAACGACAGCACAACAUUAAAGGAUGGCACAACAUUAAAUGAGUUCCAGAAGCAGCUAAAAGUAGUUUGUUCUCAAUUCCAUAUCUUAGCUACUUAUCUCACUUUAAGGUUUAAUAAUGAGAGCACUGAGACUGGUUGUACUCCUCAGCUCUCUCAAGCUAACACUGAUAUCAGUGACUGUGUGAGGAGGAUCCCGGCACUGAUGCAAUCCUUUGCUGAGUAUAUUGAAGCACUGGCAACAUAUCAGUUUGAUGGAGCUGCCAUUAGCACUGUACUAGUUAACAUGAAGUCUUGCUCUCAAUCAUUCCACGAUAACUUAAUAAAAAUUGCUAACCAUUUUAAUUCAAAGGUAACACAGGAACACUUGCUACCCAAUAUCCAACAGAGACUAAUAACUUUGAAUGAGUGCAUCAUUUCAUCAGUUACACAGCUGUGCUCAAACUCACAAAGGAUUGUUGGCUUUUUCAAUCAACAUGAAGUUGAGCUCUCGGAAGCAUUUAGCAAAAGCACUAGCAAUGACUCAGACAAGUCUCCUAAUUUCAUUGUGAUAUCAAGACUAAGAAACAGAGCAAUUGGAUAUCAGGCCAAACUGAUUGAUGAGAGCACUCCUUGUACUGUGCCUCAUGCUGUUGCUAUUCAUCAGAGUAAAGAGUUCUUUGAAAUAAGUGAUAACUACCAAGCCCUUUCUGAACAAAUUACUGCCCUUCAAAAUCAGCUACAGAAGACACUAGAGGAUAAGGAGCAGUUAGCGUUUGAGCUACAGAAAGCUAAAGUGAAGCUCUCAAAGGUUGUUAGUACAAACGAGUCUACUGGUCAGCCAAUCAGUGAGAACACUUCACAUGAGGAAGGAUCUAUGGAUCCUGAAUUAAGAAAACAUUUCACAACACGCAUCUCUCAACUAAAUUCUGAGCUUCAGCAUUCAAAUGGAAAGCUAAUAUUCCUAGUAUCUCAGUGUAGCACAUUGAGUAAGCAGUUGUACCAGGCAGUGGCUUUGAAAACUAACCUCAGUCAUGAGCUGGAGACUGCCAGGGAGAGCAUUCAUCAACUGCAGGAUCAAAUGACUACUUUAUCAAGUGGUUAUGAAGGACAGUUGAGUGCUAUGUCUGAUCAUUUGUGUGAGCUGAGGGACAAACUGGCUAAGACUGAAGAAGGAUUUGAAAAUCCAAAGAAAGGAAGGAGAAAAAUGAAAUAGAGAACACAGACAACAGCUGCUUCAAUAAUUAUUAUUUACCAUUUUUAACAUAAAAAUAAUUAUUAAUGCUGCUUGACACCAUUCUAUUAAGCCCAUACUGUA